AUGACAGUUGUUAACAAGUAUGUCGUCUCUGGCGACUCGUGGAAUCUCAAUCUUUUCUAUUUAGCGAUACAGGCGAUCGUCUGUACGGGAACGAUUACGCUAUGUAAGCAAAUGGGCCUAAUUCGAGAUCUUGCGCCUUUUGACAAAGAUAAGGCGAGAAAAUGGUUCCCGAUUUCUGUCCUUCUUGUUGGUAUGAUUUAUACUGGUACCAAGGCCUUGCAGUACCUCUCCGUCCCUGUAUACACAAUAUUCAAGAAUCUUACGAUCAUUGUCAUUGCAUACGGGGAAGUGCUUUGGUUUGGAGGCAGUGUUAGCCCGCUUGCCUUGCUCUCGUUUGGCUUGAUGGUUUUAAGCUCGGUUGUGGCGGCCUGGGCCGACAUCCAAAGCGCCCUUACCAGUAAUCCUGUAACUGGGGAUGCCGUGAGCGCAAUGUCCACGUUAAACGCCGGCUAUGCUUGGAUGGGGUUGAAUGUCUUUUGCUCUGCCUCAUACGUUCUGGCAAUGAAGAAAGUCAUCAAGAAGAUGAACUUCAAAGAUUGGGAUACCAUGUACUACAACAACCUUCUCACCAUUCCUGUUCUAAUUGUGCUCUCCCUACUUGCCGAAGACUGGUCACGACCUAAUCUUGAACGUAACUUCCCGAUUGAGAGCCGCAAUAGCCUUCUUGUCGGAAUGGUUUACUCAGGGUUUGCCGCUAUCUUCAUAUCUUACUGCUCAGCCUGGUGUAUUCGUGUCACGUCGUCAACUACAUACUCCAUGGUUGGGGCCCUCAAUAAGCUUCCCAUCGCCAUUAGUGGGCUGAUAUUCUUUUCUGCGCCCAUCACGUUUGGCAGCGUGUCGGCGAUUUUCCUCGGCUUCGUCAGUGCAGCCGUCGAUGAGCGCGAGUUCUCUCAGUAA